CGAAAACAUCAAAUUCCAUUCUGUCAACAAAGAUUGCACAAAAUUAUUUUUCUUUGAUUCUUUUAUUUUCUCAAAAAAUACCCGCUGAUUUUAUUGUGAGACGCUAAAUUAUGAUAAUAUCCAUUCGUUUAUUGUGAAAGAAUCAAUAAUUCGUCUAUAUUUCGAGAGAUAUUUGGCAAAUUCUGCACAUAACCUCAAAAUGGAUGACCAAGUUUGUCCCCGGUGUAAAACAACAAAAUACCGGAAUCCUUCCCUGAAGCUUAUGGUAAAUAUCUGUGGACAUACACUCUGUGAGAGCUGUGUUGACUUGCUUUUCCUUAAAGGAUCUGGAGCUUGUCCGGAAUGCAAUGUUCCUCUUAGGCGCAGCAACUACCGCAUUCAGCUCUUCGAAGAUCCAAUGGUGGAGAAGGAAGUAAACAUCCGGAAACGUAUUUUGAGGGACUACAACAAGAAGGAGGAUGAUUUUGAAACGCUAGAAGAAUACAAUGACUACCUUGAGGAAAUAGAAACGAUAAUCUUCAAUCUAUCCAAUGAUAUUGACAUUGUGAAUACAAAUAAGCGAAUUGAGCAGUACAAGAAGGAAAACAGGGAAAUCAUCACGAAGAACAAGAGUCGCAUUGGACGUGAAGAAUACGAACUCGAUGAACUUCUCGAGGAAGAAAAGCAAAUUGGAGAAGAGCGACGGAAACAGUUGGAGUUGCUGGAACAAGAGAACAAAAAGAAGAAACAGCGCGAGAAGGAAGCCCUCAUUGAUGAGCUGACGUCCAGUCAUCAAAAUGCCGCAGAGAUUGUAAGUGUGUACGCAAAAAAGGCAGAACAGACGCUGGAGGAGGCCAAGGUAGUCCCGGUGGCUAAGGCCACACAAUUCUCCACUGGAAUUAAAUUUACUCGAGGUGGACAGCAGGGCUUCCUGCCGGUCCCGAAGCUAGAGGAAGGUCCAAUGUACAUAUACAAAUCCAUUACGAGGAUAUUUGAUGGUCCGGAACCACCGAGUGCAGAAGAAAUCAUCUCUGAUGGUUACAUCAAGCAUAUUCGUGCUGAAACUGCCCAAGAAAGAGCUGGAGGAUACACUGCGGUCUUAGCAUGUCAGCGAGCUCUUCAGGAGGCGCUACAAGGAUUGUAUGAUUAAUAAUUAUUCCUAGAAGAUGCCCGAGAUGCCUCAUAUUAAGUUUUUUAUUUUAUUUUAUAAAGGUAUGUAAUUUUCAAAUUAAAUAAUAAAAGAUUUUUUUUUGAAUAA